AUGGUGGCACCAGCGCGACAGCAAAGAGCCGUGGUACUCUCGACGGCAGGGGUUUUCGUUGCGUCGGUAUGGGCAAGCGGAGUGAACUUUUCUAUGCUUUGGACUGUCGCGAAGUCACAGAUGAAGGAUGACAGAUUCACUGAGAAUUGCACUCUUGUACGCAAAGAGACACUUUGUGAAGGCAGAUCUCGCGGUGAGCCUGUCCGCCGGUUCGUUUUCCAGCCGCCACCAAAUGCUUCAAUGACUGUUCAAACCGGGCUUCGCCAAGUGGUGGUGGUGAAUGCAGUGGGUGUUCGUCGACUGUAUUCACCCACAUCGAAGCCACGACAAGAUGGUACUUUUGACCUUGUUAUCCGUGUGUACAGGCAGGGCCGGGUUUCCCGCUGGCUGGAUUCGCUGCGGCUCGGGGAUUCCGUCAGUAUGACAUGGCCAUACCCUACACCUCUGCCGAGCAACCGUCGAAAUCCAGGGCGCCACGUGGGUCUGAUCGCGUUUGGGAUUGGCAUCACAGAGUUGUACCGCACUGCAGUGCAGGAGCUUGCAGACCCCCGAGUCAGGGAGGUGGUCCUACUCUAUGCGACGCGGACCAUGGAAGAACAGCAGGUGUUGAAGUCCGAGCUUCGCGAAUUGGCGUGCCAAGAGCCGAAGCGCUUUCGGCUGGUCGCUAUACUAUCCGAGGAGCAAGUCCCUGGAGUCCUGUUUGGCCGACUAAACUCUUCGGUGCUUGCGGAGGUCUUUCCGUGGCAGGCUGAUGGACUCCGAAGAGGUGCACGGUUCAUUCCAGCCGGGACGAAGGCCAUGAUACAGGCUGCCCAUACAUGGUUGGAAGAGCUCGGCUACCGCCCAGAUCGUUACAAGUUGAUUCGCGAUGCUACAAUGUUGCGACGACACAACUUGACGAAAUGA